GGGUGUUUAUUUCACUGCGUGUAUGGAAAUUUGGCUAUUGUUGACAAGUUUUGGCCAACUAGCCGACCCUUCCAGAAGUUUAGGACAACUCAACAGGCAGAAGAGUUGUCCUCGUUUCGUCCCAGGCUUAAGAGUGAUGAGAAGGUAAUUACUGCAUUGGGGACAACUACACAAAGCUAUCCCGCUACCACCCUGGUCUGUCACAGGCAGUCUUAG